UCCAUGAAAGGAAGCUGGAAUGAGCUUUGCCCCAGUGACACUCUUCCUUGUCACUGAUUAACUAGCUCUGUAGGAAGGUUGCUCUGCCAACACCCUGCUCUGCCUGGAGAGACAUCUGGCCAAGUUCUGGUGAGCAGAAAAAAUGUCUACUCGUUACCACCAAGCUGCUAGUGAUAGUUACCUGGAACUUCUAAAAGAGGCUACCAAGCGAGAUCUAAAUCUUUCCGAUGAAGAUGGCAUGACUCCCGCUCUCUUAGCAGCCUACCAUGGGAACUUGGAAGCCCUAGAGAUAAUCUGCAGUAGAGGAGGGGACCCUGAUAGGUGUGACAUCUGGGGAAACACUCCUUUACAUUUUGCAGCCUCCAAUGGCCAUGCCUACUGCGUCUCAUUCCUGGUCAACUUUGGUGCCAACAUCUUUGCCCUGGAUAAUGAUUUACAGACUCCACUGGAGGCUGCUGCCAGCAGGGAGCAGAAUGAAUGUGUUGCUCUCCUGGACAAGGCUGCCACUGCCCAGAACAUCAUGAACCCCAAGAAAGUUGCCAGGCUGAAGGAGCAGGCUCAGAAGAAUGCCAGGAGGCAGAUCAAAGAGUGUGAGAGGCUCCAGGAGAAGCACCAAAAUAAGAUGGCCCGUACCUACAGCAAGGAGGAAUCUGGGACUCUCUCUUCUUCCAAGGGCACCUUCUCCAGGUUAUCUCCUUCAAAUGCUUCUGCUCCUGGCACAUUCGGGUCACUAUCUAAGGGUAUCAAAGACACUUUCAAGAUCAAAUUCAAGAAGAACAAAGAUACAGCAGAACAGGUGGGGAAGGAAGGCAGAAGUGGGCAGAGGAAUGUGAUGGAAGUGUUCAGAGAGGAAGAGGAAGACUCCUUCUCAGGGGACUUCAAAGAGAAGCUCCAGUUGUCGGCAGAGGAGGACAGCAGUGUGCACCACGAAUCCAUUCUCAAUCGUCCAGGUCUAGGAAAUAUUGUUUUUAGAAGGAGCAGGAUAUCAAGUCCUGAAGACAUCUCAGAUAGCAAGACGGAGUUGGGUUUUAAACUGCCCAGUGAAUUGCUUCAAAGACAAGGAGGAGCAGCAGCUGAUGAGGACGCAGGUGAUGAAGAGGGAGAGAAAAACGGCCUCAAAGAUGAUCUGCCAUGGGAUGAGGAUGAAGUGGAGUGGGAGGAAGACGUGGUUGAUGCCACGCCCCUGGAAGUGUUCUUGCUGUCUCAGCACCUGGAAGAAUUCCUGCCUAUCUUUAUGAGAGAGCAGAUUGAUCUAGAAGCUCUGCUGCUCUGCUCUGAUGAGGACCUUCAGAGCAUACAAAUGCAGCUGGGUCCCAGGAAGAAAGUUCUGAAUGCUAUCAACAGGAGGAAGCAGGCGCUACAACAGCCUGGGCAGCUGGUCGACACCAGCCUGUGAUGCAGAGCCUUGGUGGACAGCAUUGGAGUGAUGCUGUGUCCCGCUGGUCGCACUCCUGGCAGCACCCCCUCUCUACCCAAUUCCAGGUCACUGGGAAUGGAUUCUAGGGCAUUCGAGAUGCCUACCUGAGAGAGAGGCCCAAACUUCACUCUGGGAAGUAGACUAUGCCCAUCCAAAUAAAUCAUGAGAAACUUGAGGAGACUUCAUAACAAGAAGAUGGCAUUUCUCUGCAGUUAUAUA